AUGUCCAUUCCGAUUUUGCCUGAUCGUCACAAGGUCAAGUUGACAGUCGUGCGAGAGGCUCCCAAACCACCAAUGAACGCCUGUGAACUUGUCCAAGGUGUAGUGCAUGUUAAAACCUCUGGAUGGACAGACCCUGUUCCGACGGGAGGAAAGGCUGAUGCAGCAUCGGGGUUGAAGUACACUAAAAUACAAGUCCUCGAAACUGAACACAAAGGAAAUGUGAUCGACGUCAUAUACACGCCACUGAAAGGUUUGGAUUUAAAAUACGAUAACAGGUUCGAGCUGGACAUACCUAUUCAUCUCCCCAACAAAUAUGGCCUUUAUGCUGUAAUCCUGGAGGUACAUGACACAGCUGGAAAUAUCAAGUCUGUACGUCGAUUGGUGCUGUAUGACAACUCAUCCAAACUGAUGACAGAUUCCUCAAAACCACUUCAAGUUGUGUCAGCAACACAGAAAUCAAGUUUCAAAUGGCAGACAAACCUGGCACCUGUAUGUAUAGACUGGAAAGGCCGUUACUCCAAUGAUGAAAUGAGGGACAAUAACCUUCUGGAGCCGGUGCGUCCACAGGUAGAAGUGGUGGCUGGAUAUGACCAAACUACUGGAAUCCUUCCUAUUUCUGGGACUCCUAAUGUUGAUGGCAUCGUCGAGGCAAAGUAUUCUGUAUCUGUUGAUUAUGGCGUAAGGUCAAACUGGGAAUUGGUUCCUAACUUCAUCAACCAGUCACUUUGCAUCUCCCCAAAGCUGCUGGAUGGUCAAACUUAUAAUAUUUCAAUAAGAUUUAAAGACAUUGUCAGCAACUCAAUUGAGGAAUCGGUACGUGUCUACAUUGACUCUACUGUUCCCGACAUAUCCAACAUGUGGCUCGUGAAAGAUGGAAACAAGCAGGUGUACGUCCACGACAGCCUCGACCUUUCUACCAUGCUGCUCCAGUUUGAUGUCAGUGAUCCUCACAGCGGCAUUGUGUAUGUAGAGUGGUACCUUGGCACCAAAGACUCGUCAGACGACCUUGGCCAUGGUGUACUGCCAGUUAUAAAACUGAAAGAAAAGUCCUGUCCAUCAAAUUCCAACUGCUACUGUCCAUCCAUUGGAGAGUGUCAGUUUCACAACUAUACUGUAAAGCUGAAUGCUCUUGUGGCAAACAAGACCAAUCAAGCUCAACACAACCAGCCCUUCUUCUUCACGGUCGUAUCAACAAACGGAGCAGGCCUGAAGAACAUCGAUCACAUGGACAUCCUCGUGGACACCUCUCCUCCUGAAGCAGGGACCGUUAAAGAAGGAGCAGUGGACGGACCUGAUGUGGACUACACAAGUGAGGAUACUGUACUGGUCAACUGGGCAGGGUUUAUUGACCAUGAGAGUGGCAUCCAUCAUUACAUGGUCAGUCUGGGCCAGAAAUGUCUGACACUUGAUGUCAUGAAAAACAUUACGGAAGUGAUUACUAUUCCAGGAAGCAUCAAUACAGCACGGUUUAUAAUUCGUGAAGAGAUGAAGAAAUAUUAUGCCACAGUUGUUGCCUUCAAUGCUGCUCUCAGUCCUUCAAUAGCCGCCUGUUCUGAUGGGAUAAUCAGGGAUACCUCACCUCCAUCAGUAUACAAUGUCGUCUUGAGAUCUGCAAAAACAUCAAAAGAACACGUUGUGUGCCUGAAUGGGGAUCUCUGGCUUGUCAAAAGAAAUCUAACAUUACAGCUGUUUCAGAACACCAGUGAAUGUUCACAGAGAUGCAAUUCAAUUUCCACAUCAACCUUUGCUGAAAUAUUCCCCAAGAUUAACAGAAUCUUGAAUGAUACUGAAAUGGCCGACAGCCUCUGUAGACAUCUUCCAUCUUUAGAAGACUCUGUGAUCUUUCUUCCAUCAGACAAGAUAGACCUCCAUUGGAACUGCACAGAAAAUGAAAGCCAGAUACAAGAUUUCUCAGUGGGAUUUGGAUCUGACACGACAACAGUUCAUGACCCAGAUAUUCUGGACUACGCAUCCAGUAAAGGACGCCACUCAUUUAAGAUUAACCAUGCUGGCUUUUCUGGGAAGAACAUGUUCUACGUCUUUCUAAAGGCAGUUAAUAAGGCCGGUCUGACUUCAGUUGUAACUUUUGGACCAGUGAUGAUCGACAAUACACCCCCCUGUUGUUAA